AUGAGCUCAAAACUAGCUUUUUGCUCAUGGCUGGCUCUGCUUCUUGGCCUGGCAGUGGCCCAGCAGUUUUCUGUCUAUUCCCUGGAUCAACUGGAUGAUGCACAAGAUGGCAGUUUGGAGCAGCUGAACAAUAACUUCGAUGGACAGGAGGCCAACUACUAUAGAGGAUUCUUUAGCAGCGGCAGCGGCAGCGGCAGCAGCAGUGAUCCCUUUGCCAGCGGUGGCAAUCUGGUUGUGACUAUUCCCUCGAAGGGAAGUUCAUCGUCCAGUUCGGGAUCGAGUUCCUCCGGAUCUUCUAGUUCAAGCAAAAAGAAGAAGAAGAAGAAUAAGAAGCCAAGUCCAGACUAUCAAUAUGGACCCUAUCCACCACCACCGUAUGGAUACUAUACCUAUCCCUAUGGUUAUCCCUAUUACCCAUACUAUCCACAACCACCACCACCACCACCACCACAUCAGCAUCAUGGCACCAAACCCGGUACUGGAACCCCUCCUGAAGCUGGAACUGACCCUGAAAGUCCUGCACCACCCCCGAGCAAUGGUCACGGUUCACCUCCCAGUAAUGGACACGGAUCAAAUCCCGAUCAUGGACACGGAUCAAAUCCCGAUCAUGGACACGGGUCAACUCCCGAUCAUGGACACGGGUCUUCUCCACAUCAUGGCCACCCUCCAUAUCCACCUUACUAUCCUCCAUAUCCCUAUCCACCUCCUCCUCCACCACCACCAAGGCCAAAGCCAGACUCUGGUGAGGAUGACGAUGACACUCCAACAAGACCCCAAACAACCAAAAUCUGCAAAAAGAUCAUUCCUCUGGGACUUGUGUGCUUCUAA